UUCUACGUCUUUCCCGACGCCUCUGUCUCCUCUUACAUCCAGCCCCGCCCGCGUCUUGACCUCCUCCGAGCGAAUAGUGGAGGCGGCGGCGGCCACUACGGACGAAGAUGGCGCCUGCGACGGCGAGGACGCGGCGGCAGAGCUCAUCGGCUGGUUGCUAAAUCCGGCUUGUGCAGCCUCCUCCAUGGUGGCCGAUUAGUGCGGCGUCCAAGCUGGCGCAACCCCUUCCAAUCAAAGGGCGUCCUCCGUCGGGCCGCCUCUCCACUGCUACUCCUCGCCAUUCGAGCCGUGGGUGAGCGCCGCCGUCCCACCGCCUUUCUCGCGCGCGCGCCGGCUCUACCCCCGCUUGGCCCCCUCGCCUCCCCGCCUCGCGCCGCCGCCGGCCUCGACGCGGUCGUCGCCGCGCAUCGUCAUCCUCGACAGAGCAGUAGCAGUCACCGGGGCUCCGCACUUCGCGUUCGCUCGACCUUGCCCCCAGCACGGACCUCCGCAUCAGCGGGAGCGCCGAGGGGGAGGUCGACGAGCUUUGCCGAGGCGCCGCAUCCAGAUCCACGAGCGCUGGGCUGCCACGGCCGUAGCCAUUGUGGCGUCCGUCGCAACUGCCCCGGCCAACCAGCGUCGUCGCGCAAGCGAGGCCGAGCUCUCCGACCUGGCAUCCGCCACGCGCGGCGCCCGCGGCCUCCUUCUUGGUUGCGUUGCGGAAGAAGGCGUUGAAGGAGCAGGCCACGGCAAGGUCCCUGGACAGCUUCAGCUUGCUGAUGGAUCAGACGACGGGCGGGUCCGCCCGCUCCUCGUCGCCUCGCCACGGACGCCGGCGCCGGCCACCGAGUUCAUCCCGUCGGCGUCGACGGACCACGCGGGAGUGAAGACCGCAAACCUCUGUAUCGAACGGCCCUGCAACCUCAACCUCAUUCAACACAAGCUCUUCCAAGGAUUGCCUGAGCCUAAGCUGCAAGUGUUGAAAUUUGACAGGAAUCUGCUUAAAAGGUAAGAACGUAGCUUCGAUAUGUGAUUUGAUAGUACAUAUGCUGAAUAAAAAAAUCUGGCAUGUAGCAGUCUGGUGGUGCCAAAAUUACAGGAACACACAUAGUAUCCAUACAAUGUAGUGGCACUACGUGAUAAAUCCUUGGAACAAAAAAUGUGCAUUUGAUGAAAGAAUUCAAAGGGAUAGAUACAGUUGACAGAUUGUGAUGACAUUGAAACAAAGCUUAUGGAUAACACAACAUAAGCAUUGUUCUGAUAUAAUACAUGACCAUAUCUGAUAGAUACAGUUGACAGAUCGUGAUGACAUUGAAACAAAGCUUAUGGAUAACACAAUAUAAGCAUUGUUCUGAUAUAGUACAUGACCAUAUCUUUCUGUCUCACCCAGGCCUAUAUAAGCAUUGUUCUGAUGUAUUAUGGCAUAUAUAGUAUUUUCCUGGGAAGGUCAAGUACACCAAAUAAGUUUCUUAUAUUUCUACCUCUCUUUCCAAACAACAUUUCACUAUUUUGGUUCAAGUUUGUUUUACCCAAAUAAAUUUCCUACUUUAUGGGGCUACACGUCCUUUAUCCACAUUGUUAUCCAGUGUUGUUCGCUACUUUCUUGGGUCCAAGUAAUAGGAUGUUUUGUGUGCAUGCAUGUGUGCCUUGAGUUUGAGUAUUCUGCACGGGUUAACAGGAAUAUCUAUUAAGACAGCACCUAGCAUUUUUCGAUUGAUUUUCCCUUGUAUUCACCUGUCAAAUUUUAUCGUGCCGUUGACGCAUUCCUAUAGCCAUUUUUACUCUUCAUGAGUACGUCAUUGUCAUAAUGUCAUUCUCCUGGUCACAAUGGCUCGAUUUUGCUAGCUACAUCAUAAGGCGGCAUUGAUACUUAAAAUUAUAACCUCUCUCUCUCUAUUUUGUAUCGAUGCUAUUCUGGACGAACAUGAUUCGAAUGGUGAGGUAUUGCUCUUUCUUUUGUGGGUCCAAGCUGCUGUCCCUAAUUAAGUCCAGGCAAGAUUUAAGUCCAUAGUACCAAUUUCAUAUUGACAUUUCAUGUUUCUCCAUUAUUGUGCGUAAUGUAUAUUCUCAACAAUCAUCAUUUAAUUUUUACAGUCUAUCUUAUGGGAUAAACAGGUGUACCGUGACACAAUCAAGGCCAUAAUUCCAAUUAUAUUUCACAGAAUGGAAGCAACAUGUUCUGCUCAUGGCCAAACAGGAUGGGAAGAUGGUGCCAUCCUACAGCUAUACCACCCGACUAAUCAAUUUCUCUGAGAAGAGGAACUGGGGGUACAGCAAGUUCAUCAAAAGGCAAGUCCUGGAGAAAUCAGAGCAUCUCAGGGAUGAUUCUUUCACCGUCAGGUUUGACGUAACUGUCAUGAAGGAUAUCCAUACCCAGGGCACACCGAUCAUUGUGGUGCCACCGUCAGACAUGCACCGCCAGUUUGGUGACCUCCUGUUGAGCAAGGAGGGCGCAGAUGUCAAAUUCCGAGUCCGCAAGAAGACAUUCUCCACGCACCGGUCAGUUCUUGCAGCACGGUCGCCAGUCUUCAAGAAGAUGCUGCUUGGCCCGAUGAAAGAGGGCACCACCACUAGUGCCAUACCCAUUGAUGACAUGGAGGCAGAAGUGUUUGGGGCUCUGCUUACUUUUAUGUACACGGACGAAUUACCCGAUAUGCAGGAGCAAGAGGAAUCUGAAAUGGUUCAGCAUUUGCUUGUUGCAGCAGACAGGUAUAAUCUGGAGAGAUUGAAGCUGAUUUGUGAAGAGAAACUGUGCAAGCACAUUGAUACAGGCUCUGCAGCGACCAUCUUGGCAUUAGCAGAGCAGCACAACUGCCAUGGGCUUAAGGAGGCAUGCUUCGACUUCCUCGGCGCAUCUACAGCUCUGAAAGCAAUCAUGGAAAAUGAUGGCUUCGAGUACUUAACAAAGAACUGCCCCAACAUUCUGAAGGAGCUAGUAUCCAAGGGUAUUUCUGGUUGACUUGUGAGAAGCCAAUGCAUAUCAUCGGCGUGAAUAUGGGUUUCAUUUAUGGCAAUCGCAAUGGCGUGUAAAGCUUAGGCAAAGAUUCUGCUGUUAAAUAUUAGUACUAUUAUAAUUUAUAUGUAGUUGUCCUUAAGAGGGGUGUACCGUACUCCUUGGGCAUCAUGGAGAACUAUUAGCUACAUUACUUUCUCACAUGCAUCUUCCAGUUCAUUGCAAGAAACUAUGUGUUAUAGAAGGUUCAGAUGGUAUUGAUUGAUUCAA